UCCUCGUGAUCGGAACAGGGGGCAGGUCCCUCCGAGUCCCAUGACGUAUACUAGCUCAACCAGCGAAAAAGGAGGCAAAAAGUAAACGCGUUAUUUCCUUAAGAUGGCCUCGACUUCUUGGGUUCGUGUUGUGGUCCUGGUGUCAUUCUCGGUCCUUCUGACAUUGGCUCUGGGCUUCGGGCUGCCUGCGGUCCUGACCUUAGCUGCCGGAUGCUUCGGCUUUGCAGAGAGGAGUGUCACGGAAUGCAUCGUGUUUGUUUAUUUGGUUUUCGUGGCAUACGUUGCAAUGCCUAGAGUUCCUAGAGGAGUGGUGGAGGUUAAAAACAAAGCAGUGUUCAUCACUGGCUGCGACAGUGGUUAUGGCAAUGCACUCGCUAAACACUUGCACAAACUUGGAUUCACGGUGUUCGCAGGCUGUCUUUUAAAGGAUGACGAUGGUGAGGGGGCGAAGGAGCUGGAGGAGCUCAAGUGUGAUCGCAUGAACGUGUUGCAACUCGACGUCCGCAGUGAGGAGCAGGUCACCAAGGCUGUGGAAUAUGUCCAAGAAAGUCUUGCUGACAAAGCAACAGGCCUGUGGGCGUUGGUGAACAAUGCUGGCGUUUCAACAUUUGGGGAAGUAGAGUUCACGUCUAUGGAUACCUACAAGCAGGUGUCAGAGGUCAACCUCUGGGGAACCAUCAGGGUCACCAAGGCUUUCCUGCCAUUAGUCCGCAGGGCCAAAGGCCGUGUGGUGAACCUCGCCGGGGUGUACGGCCGCAUGGGCCGCGUCCUGCGCUCGCAGCUCUGCGUCUCCAAGUACGGCGUGGAGGCCUUCUCGGACUGCCUGCGCUACGAGAUGAGGCUCUGGGGGGUGAAGGUGUCCAUCGUGGAGGCCGGGAGCCUCGCGGGCGCCAAGGGCAACCUGGCGCGCGACACGGUGUCUGCCACGGCCAACAAGCUGUGGCACGAGGCGGCCGCCCCCAUCAAGGAGGACUACGGGAAGGCGCACUUUGACCAGCAGAUGGCGCUGGUGCGCUCGGGCUGCACCGCCGGAGACCGCGACGUGAGGCCCGUGCUGGACGACAUCACGGACGCCAUCGUGUCCAAGAGGCCGUACACGCGCUACAACCCCAUGGAGCCGCACUGGUGGAUCCGCAUGCAGCUCAUGACGCACCUGCCCGCCGCCAUAUCAGACCGACUGUACUUCUAAGAUGGCCACCGGGGAGAUCGCAGAGUCGCCACAACCCCCGUUGGUAGUAAGCGGCGGGAACGGACUCUAGGGCAACUGGUCCGUAGACUCCACCGACUCCCCAGGCCUCCUCCAGACCUGAAUCCACGUCACUCACAGCCUUAAAUGCUCAAACGUUCAACCAUUGCACUUUGAUUGUCUGUUUGUAUAUCCCGUUCUAUUCAGGUUAAUACGUUCCACAGGGUUGUUGCCUUAUGGUUUGGUAACAGCACGGCUCUGAGAGUCCGGAUGAGGAGAGCUUCAGGUUGGAUGGUGAUGCUGAAUGCCAAUGGUAUGCUGCUGCAUGGGGAGGGGGAAUUGAAAUGUCUUUUUCUUCGUUUUUAGCUUCUGGCCGAGACCAGGGCAUUUCAAGCGGAGUCUCCUGCCGUUCAGUUGAGGCCCGCUCCAGGAACCGGCCGGGGCCGGCCGCUGUAGGACUGGGCAGACCCUGCCAGGGACCCUGGUUAUGUAAUGGAAACAGAAGCAGCCUUUGUCUAACGCGUUUCAUAGGAUCCCGUUAGUUACUUUAACAAUUUCGUUUUUUUCCCCCGCUGCAAGUGGAGUUUCAUCAUUCUAUUCAAGCCAUAGUUAUGACCGGAAAAACGUAUCAGCCUUAAAUAUGUCUGUUCAGAUGCAGCGAAAAAUAUGGUUGUAUUAUUUUUGGGCAUUAAAUACAAUCUUGUUAGCCUUG